UUCGCGGUUGUUUAAUUUUUAAUUUUGAUUUUUUAAAGUUUAGUAGUUUACCUUGUGAUAAUUCAAUUGUCACGAUGUUUUGUUUGAUCUUGGAGGUGUCAUAAUAUUUUAAAUAAAUUAAUCUUUGCAUAAUCACAAUGUCUUCAUCCAUCUCACUGCGCGCUCUGAUCCGCACAGCGAGCACACUCGUCGCAUCCACAACAUCGCGUUCGCUGCUGCGUUCUCCGCUGCCUCAUUCUCCAUCGAGUUUGUUGUUAUCCCGAUCUGCCCCGUUCUGUCAUCCGCAUUUCCGCAGCAUCUCCGAUGGCAGGGACGACAUCACCUCCAUUCCGCCGUCGCUGCAGCAGUCGUUGAACUUUGUCAAACUGCCCGGUUUGUCCGAGGAAGACGAGCGCCGUUUCCAGAUUCUGCAGUUCGAGACCGAAGUGCUGCGCCAGUCGGGAUACAGAAUCCCCAGCGUCAUCACUCCGGAGCACUGGAGAAAGAUGAUGUCGAUGCCGACCAAGCAUCAGCGCCUCAAGUACUACAGCUACCUCUUCAAGAUCGAGAUGUCGGAGCUUAAAAUCAAGCGAGAAAAGCAGGAAAAUCAGAAGAAACUGCGGGAGCGGCAUGAGAUGUUAACGCAGCAACGCGAAGCCGACCCGAAUGCCAUCCAGUACGGACUGCUGCUCAACACCAUGUUCCCCUACAUCCGCGAUGCGGACAUGCUGCAAACGCAGAACUACAAACUGGCGCGGGCCCGCUGCAUCGGACAGCCGCUGGUCUUCGAUCUGGGCUUCGACGAGUGGAUGUCGGAGCGCGAGCAGAGGAACACCGCCGUCCAAUUGCGCAACUCCUACUCCUACAAUCGGGAUGCCAGGGAUCCCUUCUGGCUGCAGUUUUGUAAUGUCAACUUCCAGGGGCCUGUAUAUAAGAAUAUGCUGGGAGCGCUGGGCAAUCUGGAGUCGGCGUCGUGUCUGAUGGAAUUCUCGGAGAAGAGCUAUCUGGACAUGUUCCCCAAGGAGAAAAUCGUCUACCUGACGCCCAACGCCGAGUUUGUCCUGAAGGAAUUCAACGAUGACGAUAUCUACGUCAUCGGCUGCCUCGUCGACCUGCAGCAUCCCAAACCGCUGACCCUGGCCAAAGCCAAACGCGAAGGAGUGCGGAUGGCGAAACUGCCAAUUGAUAUCUAUCUCCGGUGGGCGAUGGGUCACAAGAACCUGACGAUCAACCAGGUGGUGGGCAUGCUGGUGGACGUGAAACGGCACGGCGACUGGGAUAAGGCGCUGCGGACGCACAUUCCCAAGCGGAAGAUCUUCCAGCCGGAGGACGAGACCGAUGAGCCCUACCACAAACCCCGCAACCGCGUCACCUUCCUCAAACGCCGCUCACAGAUACAGCACGCGCACCAGCUGAUGAUGUGAUCCGAAUAACCGGAUAUCUGAAAAUUAUUGUUAUUUUGUUCGGUGAUGCUGCGCGGUUGUUAAUUUGGCUGAUUGAAAGUGAAAAGGGAUCGAGCGACAACGGGCGUUUGUGGACCAAAUGAAAGCUGGCAGGCCGGUUAUUUGGGUGCUGGCUUCGUGCCGGUGGUGUUGCCAAUGCCAUAAAACAUAAAUAAACUGGCUGGCGUUCGAAUACCAAUAAAUUAAUAAUUACAGCAAUAUGUUGCCACCGGACAGUCAGUCAGCCGUAGGAUUUUUUGUCUGUGAAAUGUGGUUUAUUUGUACAUGGCAUUGGUUCGUGACAAAAUCUAUUACGUGCUCUGCAGAGUUUAAGAAAUGAAUGAACAGAGUUCGUUUCUACAUAUUAAUAUUGUAAAGCUUGU